UUCAACUUUCUCAUCUAAGUUUCUAAGCUUUCCUUGUUGUCUUUACUUUUGCGUUUUGAAUCAAAAUGGAAUUUGAGCAGCUAAUAUUGAGAGAAAACUUAAGAGAACACCACAACAACAACACUAAGAAAUAUAAUCAUAGUAGUUCUAUUAGUAGUAUUGCUUCCUCAGUUGCUUCACAUGAAGAUUUGAGAAGUAGAAUUGAAUCAUUUCAUGUCAGGGAAAAAGCUAUUUCCAAAACUGAAUCCGCUGAAAAGAAACUUUCAUGGUUACGUUCUCAGAUUAUUGGUGAAAAUGUUGAUUUUGAGACGCCUUUUGGGAAACGUAGGCUUACUUAUGCUGAUCAUACUGCAUCAGGAAGAUCACUUCAAUAUAUCGAAAAUUAUAUCAUCAAUAACGUCCUUCCUUUCUAUGGUAAUAGUCAUACUAGUGAUAGUCAUGUGGGAUAUCAAACAACAAAAAUAGUGCAUGAAUCAGCAGCUUAUGUGAAGAAAUGCUUAGGUGGUGGAGAAGAAGAUGCUAUUAUGUUUUGUGGUUCUGGUUCUACUGCUGCCAUUAAAAGGCUACAAGAAGUUAUGGGGAUUUCAGUCUCUUCUAUACUAAGAGAAAAAGUACUCACAAAAUGCUUUCGUAACGAAACCAAAGAGAGAUGGGUUGUGUUUGUUGGACCUUAUGAACAUCACUCGAACAUUCUUUCAUGGAGACAGAGUUUAGCUGAGGUUGUGGAGAUUGGAUUGGACGAAAACGGGCUAGUAGACAUGGAAGCCUUGAGGGAUCAGCUUGAGUUCUAUAAGUCUACGAAUAGACCAUUGUUGGGUUCAUUCUCAGCUUGUAGUAAUGUUACUGGGACUUAUUCUGAUACGAGAGCCAUCGCUCGUCUACUUCAUAAAAAUGGAGCUUUUGCUUGCUUUGACUUCGCAGCAAGCGCUCCAUACGCGAAAAUAGAGAUGAGAUCAGGAGAGAUAGAUGGAUAUGAUGCUGUUUUUAUUAGUCCUCAUAAGUUUCUUGGAGGUCCAGGCACACCUGGAAUACUUCUAAUUAACAAAGCACUAUAUAGAUUGGGGACUUCACCUCCAUCUACUUGUGGUGGUGGUACUGUUGAUUUUGUCAACCCCUACAGUGAAAAGGACACACUCUAUGUGGAGAAUAUUGAAGAAAGGGAAGAUGCAGGAACACCACCAAUCAUUCAGAAAGUGAGAACAGCACUUGCAUUUUGGGUGAAAGAGUUCAUAAGUCAUAAAGUUAUUGAAAGAUUGGAACACACCUACAUUGAGCUUGCACUACAAAGGCUUCUCCCAAAUCCUAACAUAUGGAUUUUAGGAAAUGUAACAGCCAAGAGACAAGCUGUGCUUUCUUUUCUCAUUUAUACUACAACUUACUCUUCAUCAAGUGAUGGCAAUGGUGGAGACAAUGAGCUUUACUUAUGGAGAGAGACAGGGAACAAGAAAGAUAAACCUCUUCAUGGCCCUUUUGUGGCUAAGCUUCUUAAUGACCUCUUUGGUAUUCAAGCUAGAGGAGGGUGUGCUUGUGCAGGACCCUAUGGACAUACCUUGCUUAAGGUUGAUGAACUUCAUUCUCUUGCCUUCAAAGAUGCAAUUGAAAUGGGUUAUACUGGAGUGAAGCCCGGAUGGACAAGGAUAAGCUUUCCCUACUACAUGUCCAAGGAAGAAUUUGAGUUCAUUCUAGCAGCAUUAGAAUUCAUAUCCAUUUAUGGACAAAGGUUCCUUCCUUUGUACAAUUUCAAUUGGAAGAGUGGUGCUUGGACUUUCAAGAAGAAAGCUUUGAAGGAGGCUCUUAUGGGUGGAAGGGAUCAUAAUUGCAACUUUUGUGGCUCACCAAUGAUGAAGGAGUUGAACUUAGGUGGUGGUAAUACUUGCCAUGAUAACACAAAAGAAGGAUCAUGCACCAAUAGUAACAAACAAGGCAUUAUUUAUAAGUAUGUAAAGUAUCUUGAGACAGCCAAGAGCAUUGCUAGCCUCCUUCCUAAGUUCCCACAUCAAAGGCCAAUACCUGAAGAACUAGACACUAAUCUUGUGUCCUUUAGAGUUUGAUAAAAAUAUGUAUAUGGAAAUAAACUUUGUCCAAUGUCUUGUUGGGCAAAUUCGAUCGUUUGAUAUGUAAUAACUUAAAAGUAGUAUUCCCCUUGUUUUGUUU